AUGAAGAGGAACUCGUCGAACUCAGGUUUACCGGCAACGCAAAGUUCCGCAAGUUUUGAAAGAUCAGAUUCUCCAGCUUCUGGAAUCCAACCCAAAGCCCGAACAGCUUCUCCUGCUGCUGAUGUGAAUAUAAAUAACAAGGAAAAAGAAAAAGAAAUCUGGAAUCGACAAGAUGAAAACGAAUUGGAAGAGGAUGAUCGAGAUGACUUUGGAACAGCCGCAAUUUCCAAUGUUCCAAACAAACCGGGUGAAGCAGAUGAUGAUACAAGUGAGAAAGUGAGAACAAGAUAUUUAUUGGAAAGUUUUGACGAAGAGCAAAUGCAGCGAUACGAAGUGUUUAGAAGAGCAAAUCUCAACAAAACGAACGUCAAAAAACUAGCCAACCAAAUUCUCAAUCAAAGCGUCACCCCAAAUGUAGCGAUUGUAAUAUCCGGUUUUUCUAAAGUUUUCGUAGGUGAAAUUAUUGAGUUGGCCCGAAGAAUUCAAGAGCACUGGGGAGAUACUGGACCGCUUAGUCCUGAUCAUUUACGGGAAGCAUACCGACUUUCGCGUCAAAAUCAAAGGUUAAUUCCUAAAAGUCGUCGUUCAACCAAAUUUUUUCGGUGA